GCUUCAAUUGAAAUGGCCGACGUUUAGGGGGAGUGUCUAGCGGAAAUUAAAAAUCUUAUUGAUAUUUAUACUUGAUUCUAAUAUCUUGUAUUUAGCGAAAGACGUACAUUCCGAAUUUAGAAGACUGAUAAGUUUUUAAAAAGUGGCUGAAGAUGGCCUGGCGUUUUAAGGCAUCUAAGUAUAAGAAUGCGGCACCGAUUGUGCCUAAGCCUGAGGCAUGCAUACGAGAUGUGUGUGUGGGAUCAUACCAGACGUAUGGAAACAAUAUUUGUGCCUCCGCUGCGUUUAUGGCAUUCAACUGGGAACAUGUCGGGUCUAGUAUGGCUGUGUUGCCAUUAGAUGAUUGUGGAAGAAAGAGUAAGACGAUGCCUUUGCUCCAUGCGCAUUCUGAUACAAUAACAGAUAUGGAAUUUUCCCCAUUCCAUGAUGGACUCCUAUUGACCGGUUCGCAAGACUCAUUGGUUAAAGUAUGGCACAUUCCUCAGGAAGGUUUAAAGGAAACCCUUUCCACUCCGGAGUGCACAUUGUCACAGAAGCAACGAAGAGUGGAGAAUGUAGGCUUCCAUCCGGUGGCUGAUGGACUUAUUCAUGUAGCGUCAGGAUACGAGUUGGCUCUUUGGGAUUUAACGAAACAGAAGGAAGUGUUUGUAAACAAGGAUCAUGCUGAAGUAAUUCAAUCCACAUCAUGGAAGAAGGAUGGUCGUCUUCUAGCAACUUCUUGCAAGGAUAAGAAGGUUCGCGUGUUGGACCCGAGAGCACCAGAAGCUGUGCUGAGCGUGGCUAAUAGCCAUCAGAAUAUCAAGGAUAGUCGGGUUGUGUGGCUGGGGGAUAAUGAUAGGAUACUAACUACUGGUUUCGAUUCAGCCCGUCUCCGUCAAGUGAUGAUACGUGAUAUUAGGAACUUGUCCGAGACACAGAAGACAUUAGAGCUGGACUGUUCCACUGGUAUCCUGAUGCCGCUCUUCGACCCUGAUACUAAUAUGCUGUUCCUCGCUGGGAAGGGGGACACUACCAUACUGUAUAUGGAAUUGACGGACCGGGAACCAUAUUUGAUUGAAGGAUUGAGACAUUCCGGCGAGCAGACGAAAGGCGCAUGCUUGGUGCCGAAGCGUGCUCUGCGUGUGAUGGAAGGCGAAGUAAACCGCGUGUUGCAGCUGGCCGGCUCCUCUGUGGUGCCCAUCAUGUACCAGGUGCCCAGGAAGAGCUAUAGGGAGUACCACGCGGACCUGUACCCGGACACGAGUGGUGCGGUGACUUAUGUGAACGCGGACAUGUGGCUGCAGCAUCAGGAACGACCAGUGCCCAACAUCUCGCUGCAUCCAGAUCAAAAUAACUGCACUCAGGUACAUCGCGGGAAUUUAGAAGAAGUGGUUAAAGCUAUCUUAGCAAUGCCUCCAUUAAAGAAAAAUGAACCAAAACCUAUAGUAACACAAAUAAUUGAAGAACAACCGGUACUUCCAAAGCCUCAAGUACCAGAACAGAGAGAAGACGAUCGAAUCGAUUUUAUCAACGUUAAAGAUAUGAUCAAAGGAAUGGAACGACAGACUGUCGAGCCUAAAGAAUACACCAAAGAAACUAAUGGUUUUCAAAAGAAGAUCACCGACAAUGGCCAUGACUGUACAGAAAAGAACGAGGAAGAAUUUGUUAAGACUGAAGAAUGUAAUAGAUUGGAGAAGAUUGAGGCAGAAGAGAGAGUUUUAGAGAAGAAUGAUAGCACGGAUUCUGCUGAAGGUAGUUUAUCGAGGAGCAACAGUUUGAUCAAUGGUGUGCCGAUACAAGCCCCGAAGCCUUUGCCCAGGUCUUCUAUAUCUGAAGCCGGUUCUAUGGAUGAACAUUCUGAAGCACCUAAACCUAAACCAAGAACCACUACCUCUGCUGUUGGUUAUAAGCCCCGCCUGGGUCCGAAGCCGUUCUCAGCGUCGUCUAGCAGCGAGGAGUUCUCUUUCGACAAAGUGUUUUCUGUGCCCGCGGUACCCGGCACUGUAACCAAGUCUGAUUCAAUGACGUCACCGGUAUCGGGAGCAGCAGUUACUCCCGCUACUUCCACUCCUGUCGCAAAGGAGGAAGAGAAAGAGAAAUCUCUAUCUCCCACUAGUGAUGUUGAACCUGCAGUUAAAGAAGAGUACACGAACGGAAAGUCCGAUACCAGUUUAGAAGAGGAAGUGAACUCCUCCGAUUCCGGAUACAGGCCGAAGACUCCCAGUACUGCGGAGAGGAGGAAAAUGUUCGAGGCAACAGAUGGAAAUCAAUCUAUAGCGGAAAGGCGGCGCGCGUAUGAGUCGCGUUCUGUGAGCGUAGCCAACGAGUCUGAAGCGCCGCCAUCACCCGCACCGCUCAGACGUAGAGACUCGCUGAAGUCCCGCAAGAGUCCGGAGCGCGAGGAGAAGAGAUCUUCAGUGCCCAAUGUCACUACUAAGAGAACUUCCACUGUCUUUGGUAAAGUAUCAAAGUUCCGGCAUUUGAAGGGCACACCCGGACACAAGUCCACGCAUGUUGAAAAUAUCAAAAAUAUUAGCCGUCAAAUAUCCGGAGAAUGCAACGGUUUCUAUGCAAAUGGCGUACGUUGCGCUGUACCAAUAAGUGGUGGGGGUGGUCGUGUUGGUAUAGUGGAGUUGCCGCGCGGAGCCACGCCCAUUGCUGUGGCGCCCCGCCCACAUCCCUCAGGGCUACACCCACAUGCGUUGUUACACGCCGCGCCACUUAACGACUGUGCGUGGGAUCCAUUCUGUGCACAGCGACUGUUGGUAGCAUGUGAUGACGGCAUGAUCCGAGAAUGGAUACUACCAGAGAAUGGUCUACAAGAAUCAACGAACGAGCCGAACCGUACAUUCUCCGCGCAUCCGGACAAGAUCUACAUAUUGCGGUUCCAUCCGACUGCUUCGGAUCUGUUGACCAGCGCGGCGCAUGACCUCACCAUCAAGUUGUGGGACCUCUCGCAGCCGGACCCACAACCAGCUAUAACACUUACGGGUCACACGGAUCAGAUAUUUGCCUUGGACUGGUCCUCGUGUGGAGAGUAUCUUGCUACUCUAUGCAAAGAUGGACUCAUACGGAUAUACAAGCCGCGUGAGUCAAGGGAUGCUGUGCGCAGUGGUCCAGGGCCGGCGGGAAGUCGCGGCGGACGCGUUGUCUGGGCACUCAGUGACACGCAUCUUGUUGUCACAGGAUUUGACAAAGUAUCAGAGCGUCAGAUCCUGCUAUACAAGGCGUGUGACCUGACUGCGCCGCUGUGCACUGUAGGCCUGGAUGUAUCUCCCGCCAUACUGCAGACUCACAUAGAUCAUGAUUCUGCCACUAUAUUUCUUACAGGAAGAGGAGAUUCAACAAUAUACUGUUACGAGGUGACAAGUGAGCCGCCGUACCUGUGCGCUCUGUCACAUCACCGCGCACCCACGCUGCAUCAGGGUAUCGCCUUCCUGCAUAAGAACCUGGUAGCUGUUGAAAAGGUUGAAUUUGCGAGAGCGUUGCGGCUGACUAAUGGAAAUAUUGAACCGCUGUCAUUUACUGUGCCUAGGAUAAAGAGUGAGUUGUUCCAAGACGACUUGUUCCCGCCGACGUUGGUGACGUGGGAGGCGUGGCAGAGCGCACGCGAUUGGCUGGCCGGCCGCCGCGCCACGCCCCGCACCGCCUCCCUGCAGCCGCCCGGCAUGCAGCCCUUGUCGGAGCACACGCCAUCACCGGGGUCGCGGGAUAAAGCCAAAGAGACGCAGAAGCCGAAACCAGAUCUCAUCAAGUCCCACGUGCCCAUAGACAACAAGGACAAACAGGAUAGUAUUUUGAAAUCAAUGAGCGCUCGAGUACAAGUGAACUUGAAGUUAGAACAGGACAGUAUGGAGGGAGUUGAUGAGUCGGAGUGGGACCAGUGAUUUAUGUACUCGGUAUAUACGAUUAUGUAUCACUUUGACAACCUUAUUACCACUCAGAGUCAUGGAAUAGCCACUAAGGUAUACUCUAAAUGUGGAUUUCUUAUACUAAGAGUCCUAAGUGACCAUUUAAUGAUUAUGUAGCAGUUUUAUACUUGUUUUAUUAAUUGAC